AUGAAGUGCCCAUCAGCGUUACAGCUCCUGGUCGCGGCCUUGGUGGCUCCCGCCACGGCUGCCACUUGGAAGAAUGUCAACAUCGGCGGCGGCGGCGGCUUCGUCCCGGGUAUCAUGUUCCACCCGACGACCAAGGGGGUUGCGUAUGCACGGACGGAUAUCGGCGGUCUCUACAGGUGGAACGACGACGACUCCUGGACCCCGCUGACCGACGGCAUCAACACCCACGAAAAAUGGGGAAACUGGGGUAUCGAUACCAUGGCACUUGACCCUCAGGAUCCCGAUAAGGUCUACGCUGCCACCGGCAUGUACACCAACGACUGGGACCCCAACCCGGGCGCCAUUAUUCGCAGUUCCGACAGGGGCGCGACGUGGACCUCCGCCGAGCUGCCCUUCAAGGUCGGCGGAAACAUGCCCGGCCGUGGCAUGGGCGAGAGGCUAGCUGUGGACCCCGCCAACUCGGAUAUCCUCUACUUUGGUGCUCGCAGCGGCAACGGUCUGUGGAAGAGCACGGACGGCGGCGCGACCUGGGCCAAGGUUGAGUCCUUCACUAACCCCGGCACGUACAUCGCCGACCCCAACGACACCUCUGGAUACAACUCAGACAUCGUCGGCCUGUCCUUUGUGACGUUCGAUUCGACGUCUGACGUCACCGACGGCGCCACCUCUCGCAUCUUUGUCGGAACCGCCGACAACAUUACCGCCUCCUUCUACGUGUCCAACGAUGCUGGCGCCACCUGGGAGCCGGUCGAGGGCCAGCCCAAGACCUUUUUCCCCCACAAGUGCAGACUCCAACCGGAGGAGAAGGCUCUCUACCUCAGCUACAGCGACGGUGCCGGUCCGUACGACGGCACCCUGGGCGGCGUCCACCGUUACGAUAUCACCACCGGCACCUGGACGGACAUCACCCCCGUGUCGGGCACCGACCUUACCUUCGGCUUCGGCGGUCUCAGCGUCGACAUGCAGAAGCCCGGCACCCUGAUCGUCGCUACCCUGAACUCGUGGUGGCCCGACGCCCAAAUUUACAGGUCCACCGACUCAGGCGCUACCUGGUCCACUAUCUGGGAGUGGACCGCGUACCCGGAACAGAACUGGUACUAUGGGCUUUACACCGAUAACGCCCCGUGGAUCAACACCGGCUUCGUCUCUCGGGACACCAAGCGCCUAGGCUGGAUGAUUGAGGCUCUCGAGAUCAACCCCUUGGAUAGCAACCACUGGCUGUACGGAACAGGUCUGACCCUGUAUGGCGGCCACGACCUCACAGAAUGGGACACGGCCACUCGCAACGUCACCAUCUCAUCGCUGGCCGUUGGCAUCGAGGAGAUGGCCGUGCUGGGUCUUGCUUCCCCCGUCGGUGGAUCCGAGCUCCUGGCUGCCGUUGGUGAUGACUGUGGCUUUACCUUUGAGACCAGCGAGGACCUCGGCACCUCGCCGAAGACGCCGUGGAUGAACCCCAUCUGGACCAGUGCCACCGAUGUUGACUACGCCGGAAACAAGCCCGAGAACGUUGUCCGCGUUGGCAACUCUAACGGCGCCCCGCAGGUCGCCGUCUCCGCCGACGGUGGCCUGACCUGGAACGCCCACCCCGGAACCGAUGACGCCAAGAACAGCGGAACCCUCGCCUACUCGGCCGACGCCGACACCAUCGUCUGGUCGUCGGGGACUGACGGCGUACUCCGGUCGCAGGAACAGGGCACCUUCACCGCGGUGGAAUCCCUCCCCUCGGGCGCCGUCAUCGCCGCCGACAAGCGCAACAACACCAUCUUUUACGCUGGCUCCGGCGCCACCUUCUACCGCAGCAGCGACACGGGCGCCACCUUCACCGAGGUCGCAUCCGCCCUCGGCGAGGCCACUGCCGUCAAGGACAUCGCCGCGCACCCGGAUGUUGCCGGUGAACUCUGGGUCAGCACGGACGUGGGCGUAUUCCGCAGCACCGACUUCGGCGUGACGUUCACGGCGGCCAGCGGCAUCAGCAGCACGGAGCACAUCUCGGUGGGCAAGGGCGAGGGCACCGCGUGGAACGUGUACACCUUCGGCGUCGGCGCCGCGGGCGCCAAGCUGUACGCCUCGGCCGACAACGGCGCCACGUGGGUCGACGUGCAGGGCGACGACCAGGGCUUCGGCUCCAUGGGCGCCAACCGCGUCGUCGGCAGCGGCAACGUCGCGGGACAGGUCUACGUCGGCACCAACGGCCGCGGCGUCUUCUACGCCCAGGUCUCCAUCCCCGCCGGCGGCGGCGGCGCCAACCCCUCGGCCUCCUCCUCGGCCGUGCCGUCGGCGACCGAGUCGGCGCCCGAGUCGGCCUGCCCGACCACCAUGUCAACCUCGACCGUCAAGCCCCCCGCGUCGUCGUCGGCGCCGGUGGAGGUCACGACCACGACGGGCUCGGGCCCGGAGCCGUCGGCGCCCGCCCUCGCGCAGAAGUACCAGCAGUGCGGCGGCAACUCGUGGCAGGGCCCGACGGCCUGUGUGGAGCCGUGGACGUGCCAGAAGCAGAAUGACUGGUACUACCAGUGUCUGUGA